CCCUAUUCGGCGAAUCUGGCACCCGCACUGCGCUUUCGAGCGGGGUUGGUUGCCUUGGCAUCCGGAUUGUCCAUAUCUAGCAGGGCUGGCAUACGGAGUUCGAUGCACUAGCUCCUUCAGCCCUUCGUUUCAAACAUCAUGGGAACAAAAGGACGCCGCUCUAUCUUGAGCCGUAUCACCCUUCAGGACCAUCACGCGACAUCGAUAAAGCUCCGUGCUGUGGAUAUAAAGUAGGGAACAUACAUGCCCAGCAGCUAGACUGACGUCUGUGCGACGAAUCGGGAGGCGCUGCUACUGCUAACUUUUCCCAGCAUCCUCGUUUGACCUUCCCGAAGAUGGAAGCGACAAACGCAACUGCGAGCUGCAAAAUGCCGGCUCUCGAAAGCAAGCCCAUCGUUCAGCUCGACUCACUUGAGAAUGGCUCAGCGGGAAGCCUAGUCAAGAAUGCUGAUGCCGACUUGGCCCGCUUGGGGUACGAGCCAGAGCUGAAGCGGCACCUUGGCGUCGUAGCUGUGCUGGGUCUCUCGUUUAGCAUCAUCGCCGCGCCGUUCGGGCUCAGCGUCGGCUUCAUAUACGCGCUCAUCAAUGGCGGGCCGACGGCGAUCCUUUGGGGCUGGGUGCUGGUCAGCUUCAUCUCGGUCUGCAUCGCUGCGAGUCUCGGCGAGAUUUGCAGCUGUUAUCCUUCAAGCGGAGGGGUCUAUGUCUGGGCGGCAUUUAUUGCGCCCAAGAGGUACAGUGCAAUCGCAUCCUGGAUCGUCGGAUGGGUGUCGCUCGCCGCCAACUUGUUCCUGUCCCUAUCGAUCCUCUUCGGCGGUGCACAGCUCAUUAUGUCCGCCAUUUCCACCUUCCGUAACCAAGAGUGGACUCCGGAACCAUGGCAGACGAUCCUCUGCUUCUUUGCGUGCGUUCUAAUUGCAGCACUGGUCAACCUCUUUGGAAGCAAAUACCAGUACUUGGAAAUGCUCAAUACCAUCAGCAUCUACUGGGGCGCCGCAACUGUCGUCAUCAUUCUCGUCACCCUGCUCACCAUGGCGCCGACAAAGCGUAGCGGUGCCUUUGUAUUUGGAGCGUUUGAGAAUCGCGGCGGCUGGCCUGAUGGCUGGGCCUUCCUCGUCGGCCUUCUGCAGGCAGCAUACACACUCACUGGGUACGGCACUGUGGCACAGUGCUCUGAAGAAACGCGGAAUCCAGCAAAAGAAGUACCGCGGGCCAUGGUCGGUUCCGUCAUUGCAGCAUCCCUUUCCGGACUGCUCUACCUUUUACCGAUUCUCUUCGUUCUUCCGGACAUUGACACCCUUCUCGACACCCUUCACGGUGUAGCGGCUGGACAACCCAUCACUCUCCUAUUUUACAUCGUCACCGGAUCUCCUUCUGGAGCCUUUGGACUGCUCUUCCUCCUCUUGGGCAUCUUUUUCUUUGCUGGCGUUGGUAGCCUCACAGUCGCGCUUCGAUGCAUAUGGGCGUUCGCCAGGGACGGCGGCAUCCCUGGACACAAAUGGGCGAGUCGGGUGAACAAGACGUUUGAGAUGCCAGUGAAUGCCCUGAUCCUCUCUUCCAUCAUUAUUGCAUUGCUUGGUAUUAUUUUUCAAGGUGCCUCAGCCGCCUUUGCCGCUUUCACCGGCGCGGCAACGAUUUUGCUGUCAAUGUCCUACGCCGUACCCAUCUGCAUCUCUCUCUUUCAGCGUCGGCGAAAGGUGCGCAACGCACCAUUCUCUCUCGGCAUCUGGGGCUGGUUCGCGAACGUGGUUACAUUUGUCUGGAUCUUGCUUGCCAUCGUGCUGUUCUCCUGUCCGACGACCAAGGAGGUGGAUGCGUCGACAAUGAACUACGCAUCUGCCGUCUCUGCCUUCUUUGCACUCAUUAGCGCCGUCUACUAUGUCAUCAUCGGCAGAAAGCAUUAUCGCGGCCCGCUCGGCGUCCAGGUCGACGACGCU